CGCAAGGUCGAUAGGCGGAGCUAGGGAAGCGGGUGAAAUAGGAGUUGGGAGGAAAAGGCCUGAACGGGAGCGAGCGACCAAGGGCGCCAUUUUGUUGCUGGAAUAAACUACUACAACCGAAAACAGAAGGCCCGGGUACGGAGGAGCUAAGCAUAACUGUUCAGAGUCACGCAGAGUGUGAGAGAAAACUAAGAACUAAUAGAGGAAGGGGGAAGAGGACACUCUCUGAGGUACCAUGUUUCUUGACACCGGGACUGACUGAGAGUUACACUCAAAACUCAGAGAUAGGCUGUUAAAAGAAAUUAACCUGUCUCUGAAGUGACUAAAGGGGAAUAAUGGUGAUUUUGCGCCGGGCCCGGCCGCCUGCUUCCGCCCUGACCAGCAAUGAAUCUUGACUCGCUCUCGCUGGCUUUGUCUCAAAUCAGCUACCUUGUAGACAAUUUAACGAAGAAAAACUACCGAGCCAGCCAGCUAGAAAUACAACACAUUGUGAAUCGGCACGGUCCUGAGGCAGACAGGCACUUGUUACGCUGUCUAUUCUCACAUGUGGAUUUCAGUGGCGAUGGUAAAAGCAGUGGCAAAGAUUUUCAUCAGACUCAGUUUCUGAUUCAGGAGUGCUCAUCACUAAUAACCAAGCCGAAUUUCAUCUCUACUCUUUCAUACGCUAUUGACAAUCCACUGCACUAUCAGAAAAGCCUGAAACCAUCCCCCCAUGUUUUUGUACAGCUGAGUAAAGUUCUGAAGCUUACAAAGGUUCAAGAAGUUAUUUUUGGCCUUGCUCUUCUCAACUCUUCUAGCUGUGACUUGCGAGGAUUUGCGGUCCAGUUUGUGAAGCAAAAACUCCCUGAUCUCUUGCGUUCUUACGUCGACGUAGACGUUAGUGGCAGCCAAGAAGGUGGCUUCCAAGACAUUGCCAUAGAAGUCCUGCACCUCCUCCUCUCCAAUCUCCUUUUUGGCCAGAAGGGAGCAUUUGGGGUCGGACAGGAGCAAAUUGUUGCAUUUCUUAAGACCUUGCGCAGAGGCUUUGUCAAUGCUGCUAAAUGGCACUCCCUUUGCCUUUGUUAUUGACCUUGCUGCACUUGCCUCUCGACGGGAAUACCUCAAACUGGACAAAUGGCUCACAGAUAAAAUACGAGAGCAUGGGGAACCGUUUAUUCAGGCUUGCAUGACUUUUUUAAAAAGGAGAUGUCCUUCUAUACUUGGUGGGCUGCCACCAGAAAAAGAUCAGCCUAAAAGUGCCCAGCUACCCCCAGAAACUUUGGCUACUAUGCUGGCAUGUCUUCAGGCCUGUGCUGGGAGUGUUUCUCAGGAGUUGUCAGAAACCAUCCUUACCAUGGUUGCCAACUGUAGUAAUGUCAUGAAUAAAGCAAGACAGCCACCACCUGGAGUUAUGCCAAAAGGCCGUCCUCCCAGCACUAGCAGCCUGGAUGCAAUCUCACCUGUACAGGUGGACUUGGUACUGGUAGCUUGACUGGAAUAGGUACUGGAAGUCUUGGGUUACCUUCUGUGAAUAGUGAUCCCUUUGGUCAAAGGAAACUGAGCACCUCUGGACUCAACCAGCCUACAUUCCAGCAGACGGAUUUGUCUCAAGUGUGGCCAGAAGCCAAUCAGCACUUUAGUAAAGAGAUUGAUGAUGAAGCAAACAGCUAUUUCCAGCGCAUUUACAACCAACCCCCACAUCCAACCAUGUCUGUAGAUGAGGUAUUGGAGAUGCUCCAGAGGUUUAAGGACUCUAACAUAAAGCGGGAACGUGAAGUGUUUAACUGCAUGCUACGAAAUCUGUUUGAAGAGUACAGAUUUUUUCCUCAGUACCCAGACAAAGAACUGCACAUAACAGCCUGCUUAUUUGGUGGGAUCAUUGAGAAGGGACUUGUGACAUACAUGGCUCUAGGCCUAGCACUACGCUAUGUAUUGGAAGCCCUGCGCAAACCAUAUGGAUCCAAAAUGUAUUUUUUUGGAAUAGCUGCACUAGAUAGAUUUAAAAAUAGAUUGAAGGACUACCCCCAGUACUGUCAGCACUUGGCAUCUAUAAGUCACUUUAUCCAAUUCCCUCAUCACCUACAGGAGUAUAUAGAGUAUGGCCAGCAGUCUCGGGAUCCUCCAGUGAAGAUGCAGGGUUCCAUCACUACCCCAGGAAGCAUUGCACUAUCUCAAGCUCAGGCCCAAGCACAGGCCCAGGCACCUACCAAAGCUCCCCUGCCUAUUCCAGUUAGCACCAACAAUGCCACCACCUCUACCACUACCACAUCUGCAAAAACAAUCACAAUAACUAGGCCAACUGGUGUUAGCUUCAAGAAAGAUGUGCCGCCUUCUAUUAAUACCACCAACAUAGAUACAUUGCUUGUUGCUACAGACCAGACUGAACGGAUUGUAGAACCACCCGAAAAUGUUCAGGAGAAGAUCGCCUUCAUCUUCAAUAAUUUGUCUCAAUCUAAUAUGACUCAGAAGGUUGAAGAAUUGAAGGAGACUGUUAAAGACGAGUUCAUGCCUUGGGUUUCACAGUAUUUAGUGAUGAAGAGAGUCAGCAUAGAGCUCAACUUCCAUAGUCUUUAUUCAAACUUUUUAGAUGCCCUAAAAAAUCUGGAUUUCAACAAAAUGGUUCUUGCCGAGACCUACAGAAACAUCAAGGUGCUUCUGACCUCUGACAAAGCAGCAGCUAACUUCUCAGACCGAUCUUUGCUUAAGAACUUGGGCCACUGGCUGGGAAUGAUCACCCUUGCAAAGAACAAACCCAUCCUGCACACGGUCAGUGCCAACACAAAGCUUGGCAAAGGCUCAGCGGCUUUCUGUGUAGACACUGACUUGGAUGUUAAAUCCUUGCUGCUUGAAGCCUAUGUAAAGGGACAGCAAGAGCUUCUUUAUGUUGUGCCUUUUGUUGCCAAAGUUUUGGAGUCCAGUGUUAGGAGUGUGGUUUUCAGACCUCCAAAUCCUUGGACUAUGGCAAUUAUGAAUGUACUAGCUGAACUUCAUCAAGAACAUGACUUGAAGCUGAAUCUCAAGUUUGAGAUAGAAGUUUUGUGUAAGAACUUGGCUUUGGAUAUUAAUGACUUAAAGCCUGGCAGCCUUUUGAAGGAUAAGGAUCGUUUGAAGAGCCUAGAUGAGCAGCUUUCUGCUCCAAAGAAAGAUGUGAAACAAUCAGAGGAACUACCACCCAUUACCAGUGCUAAUGAGUAUGCUAUCCGUACAGCUGGAAAGCUAUGGGCUUCAGUGGAAAAGCAAGAGUCUGAUGCUGCUUUCACAGCCACAGCUACUGUUCCUCCUGCUAGCACAACAUGUACAACUACUGUUCCUCCACAGCCGCAGUAUAGCUACCAUGAUAUACAUGUCUAUUCAUUGGCUGGGCUUGCUCCACAUAUAACACUCAAUCCUACGAUUCCUCUUUUUCAAGCUCACCCUCAGCUAAAGCAGUGUGUUCGUCAAGCCAUCGAACGUGCUGUACAGGAACUAGUCCAUCCAGUGGUUGAUCGUUCCAUCAAAAUUGCCAUGACCACCUGUGAGCAGAUUGUACGCAAAGACUUUGCUCUAGACUCUGAGGAGUCUCGAAUGCGUCUGGCUGCUCACCACAUGAUGCGCAAUCUUACUGCUGGCAUGGCCAUGAUAACCUGUCGGGAGCCAUUACUUAUGAGCAUUGCUUCCAACUUGAAGAACAGCUUUGCCACUGCUCUGCGGGCUGCCUCCCCUCAACAGCGAGAGAUGAUGGAGCAAGCUGCAGCACAGCUUGCUCAAGACAACUGUGAACUGGCCUGCUGCUUUAUACAGAAAACUGCUGUAGAAAAAGCUGGACCUGAAAUGGAUAAGAGACUUGCAACUGAAUUUGAAUUGCGAAAGCAUGCCAGACAGGAAGGCCGGCGUUACUGUGACCCUGUUGUAUUAACCUAUCAGGCAGAACGCAUGCCGGAGCAGAUUCGGUUGAAGGUUGGCGGUGUGGACCCCAAACAGCUGGCUGUUUAUGAGGAAUUUGCACGUAAUGUACCUGGUUUCCUUCCCACCAAUGACCUUACCCAACCCACAGGAUUUCUAGCACAGCCUAUGAAGCAACAAGCCUGGGCCACUGAUGAUGUUGCCCAGAUUUAUGACAAGUGCAUAACAGAAUUAGAGCAGCAUCUUCAUGCAAUCCCUCCAACACUUGCUAUGAACCCACAGUCUCAAGCUCUCCGCAGCUUAUUGGAGGCUGUUGCUGUUGCCCGCAGUUCUAGGGAUGCCAUUGCUGCUCUUGGCUUGUUACAGAAGGCUGUCGAAGGAUUGCUGGAUGCCACUAGUGGAGCGGAUGCAGACCUCCUACUCCGUUACAGGGAAUGUCACCUUCUUGUACUAAAAGCACUACAAGACAGUAGGGCCUAUGGCUCUCCUUGGUGUAACAAACAGAUCACAAGAUGUUUAGUUGAAUGUAGAGAUGAGUAUAAAUAUAAUGUGGAAGCUGUGGAACUUCUAAUACGGAAUCAUCUGGUUAACAUGCCACAGUAUGACCUACACCUGGCUCAGUCUAUGGAGAAUGGCUUGAACUACAUGGCUGUUGCCUUUGCCAUGCAAUUGGUGAAGAUAUUGCUUGUGGAUGAGCGAAGUGUAAGCCAUGUAACAGAAGCAGAUUUUUUCCACACUAUUGAAACUCUGAUGCGAAUCAAUGCCCACUCAAGAGGAAAUGCCCCAGAAGGGCUCCCUCAGCUAAUGGAUGUUGUACGCUCUAACUUUGAGGCAAUGAUUGAACGGGCCCAGGGAGGACCAAAUUUCAUGAUGCACUCUGGUAUCUCCCAAGCAUCUGAAUAUGAUGACCCACCCGGCCUGAGGGAGAAAGCAGAGUACCUGCUCCGUGAGUGGGUCAAUUUAUAUCAUUCUGCAGCAGCUGGACGUGAUAGCACAAAAGCAUUCUCUGCUUUUGUGGGACAGAUGCAUCAGCAAGGAAUUUUGAAGACUGAUGACUUGAUAACUCGCUUCUUCCGCUUAUGCACAGAGAUGUGUGUGGAGAUUAGCUACCGAGCACAGGCUGAACAGCAGCACAAUCCAGCUGCCAAUCCCACAAUGAUCAGAGCAAAGUGUUACCACAAUCUAGAUGCCUUUGUGCGACUGAUUGCUUUGCUUGUCAAACAUUCUGGAGAGGCAACAAAUACAGUUACCAAAAUAAAUCUUCUGAAUAAGGUACUUGGCAUUGUUGUUGGUGUCCUCCUACAGGACCAUGAAGUGAGGCAGAGUGAGUUCCAGCAAUUGCCAUAUCAUCGCAUCUUCAUUAUGUUACUUUUGGAGUUAAAUGCUCCUGAACAUGUGCUGGAGACUAUAAACUUUCAGACACUGACCGCUUUUUGUAAUACCUUUCAUAUCCUUCGGCCAACAAAGGCAGCAGGGUUCGUAUACGCAUGGUUAGAACUUAUUUCCCACAGAAUAUUUAUUGCACGGAUGUUGGCCCACACCCCACAGCAGAAGGGCUGGCCGAUGUAUGCUCAGUUAUUGAUUGAUUUAUUUAAAUAUCUGGCUCCUUUCCUGAGAAAUGUGGAACUCACCAAACCUAUGCAAAUUCUUUACAAGGGCACUCUUCGUGUGCUGCUUGUGCUCCUUCAUGAUUUCCCAGAGUUCCUUUGUGACUAUCAUUAUGGGUUCUGUGAUGUGAUUCCACCCAAUUGCAUCCAGCUUAGGAAUCUGAUUCUGAGUGCCUUCCCACGAAACAUGAGACUUCCAGAUCCUUUCACACCAAAUCUAAAGGUGGACAUGUUGAGUGAGAUUAACAUUGCACCUCGGAUACUCACAAACUUUACGGGAGUGAUGCCUCCUCAGUUUAAGAAAGAUUUAGAUUCCUACCUUAAGACACGUUCUCCUGUCACUUUCCUUUCUGAGCUGCGCAGUAACUUGCAGGUGUCAAAUGAACCCGGAAACCGUUACAACAUCCAGCUGAUCAAUGCACUGGUUCUUUAUGUGGGUACUCAAGCGAUUGCUCAUAUCCACAACAAAGGUAGCACUCCCUCUAUGAGCACCAUUACACACUCUGCUCAUAUGGACAUCUUCCAGAACCUCGCUGUGGACCUGGACACAGAAGGUCGUUACCUCUUCUUGAAUGCUAUUGCAAAUCAGCUACGGUACCCCAAUAGCCACACGCACUACUUCAGCUGCACUAUGCUUUACCUCUUUGCUGAGGCAAACACUGAAGCAAUUCAGGAACAGAUAACUAGGGUUCUCUUGGAGCGGUUGAUAGUGAACAGACCACACCCAUGGGGCCUCCUUAUCACAUUUAUUGAGCUGAUCAAAAACCCUGCCUUCAAAUUUUGGAACCAUGAAUUUGUUCACUGUGCACCAGAAAUUGAAAAGUUGUUCCAGUCAGUUGCUCAAUGCUGCAUGGGACAGAAGCAAGCCCAGCAAGUCAUGGAAGGAACUAGUGCGAGCUAGAGACCAGAAUAAUAGCUGCCUUACCUGUAUGGACUUCACACUCUUGAUAUGAGCUUGACUGACUCUCUGCAAUGUGAAAAAUCUCUUGGACUGUACAUUAUAAGUUUUUCCGCCCAACAGCUGUAUCAUUCUCGUUGCACAACUUUCCACCUGGGAGUGUAACAGUGACAUCUUCUGAGGUUUUUGUUGGAGGGGGAUUGUUCUAAAGUUUUCCAAAUAUAGGUUUUAUUUUAUUUUUAUUUUUUAAGUCCCAGCUCUACAUUUGGCCAAAACAGAAGAAUGUUGUGAAUAUAUAUAUUUUUUUUCUUGUUCUCUUGUAAAUACAAAUCUAAAAUGCAACUUCAAAAAAUGGAAAUA